GGCGGUGGCAGGGGCGUAGCGCGGUGAGUGCUGGUGAUGGAGGCCGGCACCGAGGCGGAGCCGCUGUUGCCCCCACGGAGCUGGCGAACGGGCCGGGGGCUCUGGAGGGCCGGUGCCCCCACUGCCGCCGAGGACGGUACUGGUGAUAAUGACCUUCAUAUAAACCAAGCUGUAGUAUUCAUUGAAGAUGCAAUACAGUAUCGAUCUAUAAAUCACCGUGUGGACUCCAAAUCCCUGUGGCUUUAUCGAUGGUAUUACUCAAGAACUUGCCAGUGGUUUUUGAGUUUAACCAUCACUAUAAUCCUGGCUUUGGCUUUCAUUGAAAACCCUUCUUCGCUUACUGUCACAUCGGAUGUACGAUACCGCCUUCCUGCGUGGAAUCCUCCGUGUGGCCUAACGGAAAGCAUUGAGCUCCUUUGCUUUCUUGUAUUCACAGUUGAUGUAUCUGUGAAGAGUUACUUAAUUGGAUGGGCAGAAUUUUGGAAAAAUAAAUGGCUAAUGGCAUAUAUACUGACUUUAGUUAUUUCCCUUGCUGAUUGGAUAGUUUCGCUGAGUUUUUUUUGCACAGAGAGUGUGAGAAUAAGAAGAAUUCUUCGGCCUUUCUUUCUGCUUCAGAAUUCUUCUAUGAUGAAGAAAACAUUAAAAAGUAUCAACAGCACGUUGCCUGAAAUGGGGAGUGUUGUUCUUCUUCUAGCUGUUCAUUUGUCUCUCUUUGCCAUGUUUGCCAUGCUGCUGUUUGCUCGAACAAAGGAUGGCCAACAGGAUAAGGAGUGGGUGGGAUAUUUCCGGAAUUUGCCAGAUUCACUGACAUCGCUGCUGGUCCUGCUGACUACUGCAAAUAAUCCUGAUGUGAUGAUUCCUGCAUAUUCUAAGAAUCGAGCAUAUUCAAUCUUCUUCAUACUUUUCACUGUAUUAGGCAACUUAUUUUUAAUGAACUUGCUUACAGCAAUAAUAUACAACCAGUUUCGAGGUUACCUUCUGAAAUCAGUUCAGUCCUCCCUCUUCAGGAGGCGACUGGGAAUCCGGGCCGCAUUUGAAGUGCUUUCUUCCCUCAGAGAGACUCCUACUAAUGCACAACAGUUGCACGUUGGCACUGGGGCCUUACUACAGGUGCUGCAGAAAGUUGAAAUGGAUUCUCGUUGCAAGCAAGCCAUUGUGAGAUCGCUCAAAACAUGCUCCUGUGAUGAGCUGUCAGCUGCCCAGUUUCAGAAGCUCUUUGAAGAACUAGACAAAGAUGCCAUUAAGCAACAUCCUCCCAGCCCGGAGUACCAAUCCCAAUUUAUGCAGAAAAUGCAGUUUGCCUUUGGCCAUCCCUAUUUUGGGUAUCUGGGGAAUGUUGUAGCCCUUGCAAACAUUGUUUCUAUCUGUGUGGUUUUGGUGAUGGAUGCAGAUAAGCAGCCAUCCAAAAGAGAUGACUUCUUCCUGGGGGCUAUCAACUGCUUCUUUAUCCUAUACUAUCUGCUGGAAAUGUUGUUAAAAAUCCUAGCAAUGGGCUUAAAAAGAUACUUGUCCUACCCAAGCAAUAGAUUUGAUGGACUUCUGACUGUAAUUUUGCUGGUUUUGGAGGUUGCUACUUUUGCUCUCUAUGGAUUUCCUCAUCCUGGUUGGAGACCCGAGUUCAUGGGCUUAUUGUCCCUGUGGGAUAUGGUGCGAUUGGCGAACAUGUUAAUUGUGUUCAGGUUCUUGCGGAUUAUUCCUAAUAUGAAGUUCAUGGCUUUGGUUGUUACUACGUUGCUGGAUCUGGUAAAAAACUUGAGAGCCUUUGCAGGAAUUCUUGUGGUGGUUUUCUAUGCAUUUGCUAUAUCUGGCAUAAUGCUAUUUAAAGAUGCUAUUGUUCCCUUUGGAAAUAUCAGUGCUAUCAAUACAACAUAUGAUAAUGGAACUCUACAGUGUGGGACCUAUGAACAGUUGGAAUAUUGGCCAAACAACUUUGAUGACUUUGCUGCAGCAGUGGUGACCCUCUGGGAUGUGAUGGUGGUGAACAACUGGCAAGUGUUUCUGGAAGCAUUUUCAAGAUACUCAAGUCCGUGGGCAAAAAUAUAUUUUGUAGCCUGGUGGCUGAUCUCUUCUGUCAUCUGGGUUAAUCUCUUUGUAGCUUUACUUCUAGAGAACUUUAUUCACAAGUGGGACCGUCGCUGUCAUCGAGAGCCUCUUUCAGACAUUGAAUACCAGAGGACAGUUGAUCUCAUGUUCAGAGAUGUUUUGGAAGAACCUACAGAGGAAGAGCUGAUGGAAAAACUGCACCAGCAUCCACACCUGCAGUUGUGUAGGUGACUGCUGGAAAGGACUGACUUAAUUAGACCUCUGUUUUCUUGAGGUUGUCAGCUGGAAGAAACUGUAUGGAUUUUCUGGGAGGUGCUGUUAGGAGAGAGGCUUGUAGGACAGCAUGUGAGGUUUGGCUUGUCAAUUCACUGCAGAAAGAGGGUUUUAUUUCUGGUUCAUCUCUUUCUUUUUUCUUUUUUCAUUUUUUUUUUAAUGUGAAAAAACUGAAUCUUGCUGAUUGGAUUUGAUUUUAAGUUGCGAUUUUAGCAGAGUUUUGCAGCUGUUAUUUUUAUAAACUGCUGAUAUCUGAACAUUUUAUUUUUUAUUUAAGGAAGAAGGGAAAGUGUGUUUAAAAUGACUAUGCACUUUAAAACAUGAACUUUAUAACCACUGAGUCUGCUACUUCUUUCAUCACAAGAAAAUGGAACUGCCUUUUCUGGUAGGCCUGCACGGCAAAGACUAUACUCUGCAGUUCAGGAAUGGAUUAAGCAGGACCAGAACAAAAUCCGUAAGCUUUUUGCAGUGAGAGUUGAAACACUAUUUUUAUUGAAAUGAGACACCAGCAUAUCUUACCACCUCCUGAAAAUCUAUUAAUCAUGUCAGAACACAAUCUCUUUGUUUUUGAUCAAGGGUUGCAUCAUGCUGGUAACUUUGUGAGCAGUUAGAACUUCAAACAAAUCAAUUGCACUUGUGGUUUUCGGUGUGGUAAAAUAGAGCUCUCCUUUAGAGUAAGUAUUCUCAUGUUGCUUUUUAGUGAACCUUUUCCUUCUACUUUCUCCCAAGUCCUGUUCUACACUGUCUUAUAUUCUGUGAAAAAGCUGAGGGGAAUGAACUUUGGCUGGAAUGUAGCACUGUGAGUCUCUUGCUUCAGGGUUGGGGGGAGAAGAAGAAGGGUAGAAAAAAAUGUUGAAUGGAAUAAUCAAAGUGCUUAGCAGUUCAAAUUUUCCUAUGUGUCUGUGGGAAUUGAAAGGGCUCAACCACUGUUGCAAGAUCACAUUCUUUUCUGGCUUAAUGAAUGACAUGCUGAAUUCCACUCACUUUCACUUGGGUAAUGCUUUUUAGGUAAAGAACAUUGUCAACAAAUCUAAAGUGGAGAAUGAACAGUAAGCCAUGGCCAUUUCCUCUAAAAAAGGUGUGGGUGCCUGAAUCUUUGUCCCAUAAGUAGUAAAUCACUAUGAAGAAUAGAAUCAAUCUGAACUACAGUUUCUGUGUGUAAAAAUGAAACUACACUUUGGGGUACUGCCUUCUCGUUAAGAUGCUGAUCACCAAAAUUGACGUUUCUUGUGAUGUUCUCAGCAUUGAUAAAAGCACAGACACUUUUCCUCCUCUUCAUCCUACCAUCUUUUCCUUUUUUCCUGCAUAAGGGAGAGAAAAUGCUUGGUAUGCUGGUGCAUUUGAUCUCAAAACCAUAGCUUUGUGUUGUUGUCUCACUGUUUAGAAGUUGCAUAGUGAUUCUUGUCUCCUGUAUCUUCAGCUUCUAUUUGCAUUAUGCUGCGGAACAAAAUGUGUUGCAGCUUGCAUGUAUGUAGCAAUCUGAAUGGAGCUGUGUGCUACUCCUGCAGUCUUUCUUUACUCUUGUAAGCUUGCCCUUAAGCCAUCCUCUUGUAUAUGUUUGGUCUCUUGUUUCUGUACCAGAACAAUCCACCCACUAACUCACUUGCACUGGUUUCUGAGGUGUUACCAUGCUUAUUUUCAGCCAUGCACUUGCAACACACAUUGUUGCAAGUAGAUAGAAGCAUUGAUCCACAUUUUCUUUUUGCUAGAUUUGAGUUUUUGUUCCGUGUAGCUUUACAUCAAGAUGGUUUCUGUGCCUAGGAUGAUGUCAUCACUGCCAGCAAUUAAUUGGCACUUACUAGCAGAGGUUAAAUAGUCUAUUUUACCUUUCUACUAAGAAAUACUAUUUUUAAUGUCCAUUUUUCUAAAUACUUGAAGUAGCUUUGCCUUGCCAAAAAGGAUGUGGCCAGUUCUUAUUAGCUUGCAAGCUUAAUUGUUUUUGUUUAUUAAGAUUGUUUGGGUUUUUGUGUUUAUUUUGGGAUUUUUUUUAUUAUUUUUUUUAUCAUUACAUUCCACUGCAGUCUACCAAAGCAGUGCAAAUCAGUGUGGGAUUAUCUUAAACAUCACAAAUGUCUUCAUUAUGCAGCCUUUCCAUCUGGACAAAUGUAAAGAAGACUUUCUGAAUGGAAUUGUCUUAGUCUUGUUCUUGUUUCACGUUUAAUUGCCUGAAAGUAUAACUAAAAUUUAACACAGAAUUGUGGUACCUGAUGUCACUUGAACUGGAAGAUGUAAAUGACCACAGGUCUUAUGCAAUAAUUGUAUAAAUCAUGAAAAUGAAUGUAUGUAACUGGGUGAAC